ACCCCAAUUUUUUUUCCUUCUCGCUGUAGGAGAGUAGUGUUACCUUGUAUUUAUAUCCCCAUAUUAUAUAUACCACAUUUUCUAAACUCUCUCUCCCUCUCUCUCUCUCUCUCUCUCUCUCUGGUUUUCUGUUUGUCUUCCGAGAAAGAUAAAAAAGAAAAAACGUAAGGUGAAAAGUUUAUAAUUUGGCUUCUUAAUAUCGUAUUCCCUCCCACCUUAGGUUGCUAAGAGAAUCACGAUAAUUUUCGCAAUAUAACUUUCUCCUUGUGUGCUCUUUUGAGUUUGGCUUACAAAAAAGCUUGUCCCGGAGGACUUUGGUGGCUAUUAGACGACUUAACGAUCUCUUUGAAUUUGGCUGCGAAAGGUGAUCUGUUCAGAGCUUGGGAUUAGAAUUCUUGUUUGAUUACCUUGGGCUUUGAAUCGCAGUUUGAAGCAUGAUUUGUGGUUGAAGAGGGAAAGAGUUUGUGACGGAGAUGAAGAGGUCCAGAGAAGACGUUUUUAUGACCUCACAACUCAAGCGGCCCAUGGUUUCCUCUCGAGGAGAGCCUUCGGGGCAACCCCAGAUGAUGGGCGGAGCAGCUGCCCAGAAACUAACAACAAGUGAUGCCUUAGCAUAUCUAAAGGCUGUGAAGGAUAUAUUUCAAGACAACAGGGAUAAAUACGAAGAAUUUCUUGAAGUCAUGAAAGACUUUAAGGCCCAAAGAAUUGACACUGCGGGUGUGAUAGAGAGGGUGAAGGAUUUAUUUAAAGGGCAUCGAGAGCUAAUAUUAGGUUUCAAUACCUUCUUGCCAAAGGGAUAUGAAAUCACCCUCCCACUUGAGGACGAGCCACAGCCUCCUCAAAAGAAGCCUGUUGAAUUUGAAGAAGCUAUCAAUUUCGUGAACAAGAUUAAGACCCGAUUUCAAGGCGAUGACCAUGUUUAUAAAUCUUUUUUAGACAUUCUGAAUAUGUACAGAAAGGAAAACAAGUCCAUCACAGAGGUUUACCAGGAGGUUGCAGCACUUUUCCAAGAACACUCAGACUUACUUGUGGAGUUUACUCACUUUUUACCUGAUACUUCAGGAACAGCCUCCAUCCACUUUGCUCCAUCACAUAGAAACGCAAUGCUCCGUGAUAGGAGCUCUGCUAUGCCCCCUAUGCGGCAAAUGCAUGUUGACAAGAAAGAAAGGACCAUGGGUUCUUAUGCUGACCACGAUCUCAGUGUUGACCGUCCUGAUCCUGACCACGAUAGAGCUCUGAUGAAAGUGGACAAAGAGCAAAGGAGGCGUGGUGAGAAGGAGAAGGAGAGGAGAGAAGAUAGAGAAAGACGAGAACGUGACCGGGAUGAUAGAGAUUUCGACCAUGAUGGCAGUAGGGACUUCAACAUGCAACAUUUUCCCCACAAACGGAAAUCUGCUCGUAGGACUGAAGACUUGGCUACUGAACAAUUGCAUCCAGGUAUGUAUGGCCAGGAGUUUGCUUACUGUGACAAGGUGAAGGAGAAGUUACGAAAUCCUGAUGAUUACCAGGAAUUUCUGAAGUGCCUCCAUAUUUUUAGCAAGGAAAUUAUUACGAGAUCCGAAUUGCAGUCUCUGGUGGGUGAUUUACUUGGAAGGUAUCCAGAUCUUAUGGAUGGGUUUGAUGAAUUUUUGGCAUGUUGUGAGAAGAAAGAUGGGUUCCUUGCUGGUGUCAUGAGUAAAAAGUCCUUGUGGAAUGAAGGACAUUUACCCAGAUCAGUGAAGGUAGAGGAUAGGGAUAGGGAUAGGGAUAGAGAUCGUGAAAGGGAUGAUGGGGUUAAAGAUAGAGAGCGUGAAACACGAGAAAGGGAUCGACUUGAGAAAAAUGGUGCGUCUGGAAAUAAAGAAGUCGGAGGCCAGAAGAUUUCUAUAUUUUCUAGCAAGGAUAAAUACUUGGCAAAACCUAUUAAUGAGCUUGACCUCUCUAACUGCGAGCGCUGCACUCCAAGCUAUCGUCUCCUUCCAAAGAAUUAUCCAAUACCUUCUGCUAGCCAAAGAACGGAGCUUGCUUCUGAAGUUUUGAAUGAUCAUUGGGUAUCCGUCACUUCUGGAAGUGAGGAUUACUCUUUUAAACACAUGCGCAAAAACCAGUACGAAGAAAGCCUGUUUCGUUGUGAGGAUGAUAGGUUUGAACUGGAUAUGUUGUUAGAGUCUGUGAAUGUAACGACCAAGCGUGUUGAAGAACUUUUAGAAAAGAUCAAUAACAAUACAAUCAAGAUGGACAGUCCAAUCCGUAUUGAAGAACACUUCACAGCUCUGAAUCUGAGGUGCAUUGAGCGAUUAUAUGGUGACCAUGGGCUUGAUGUGAUGGAUGUGUUGAGAAAAAAUGGUCCAUUAGCUUUGCCUGUUAUAUUAACCCGUUUGAAGCAAAAGCAAGAAGAGUGGGCAAGGUGUCGUUCUGAUUUUAAUAAAGUUUGGGCUGAUAUAUAUGCCAAGAACUAUCACAAGUCACUUGAUCAUCGUAGCUUCUACUUCAAGCAACAGGACACAAAGAGCUUAAGCACAAAAGCCUUGCUGGCGGAGAUUAAAGAGAUCAGUGAGAAGAAGCGGAAGGAAGAUGACGUUCUUCUCUCAAUCGCUGCUGGAAAUAGACGACCUAUUAUUCCCAAUUUGGAAUUUGAGUACCCUGAUCCUGAAAUCCAUGAAGAUCUGUAUCAACUCAUCAAAUAUUCUUGUGGAGAAGUUUGCACUACCGAGCAAUUGGAUAAAGUUAUGAAGAUAUGGACAACCUUCCUUGAACCAAUGCUUGGUGUUCCUACUCGGCCUCAAGGUGCAGAAGAUACUGAAGAUGUAGUGAAAGCGAAAAAUCAUACUGGCAAACAUGGUACUGUGAGUGCGGGAGACACUGAUGGCAGUCCUGGUGGCGGUGCUACUGCAACGAAUUCCAAACAGUUAAAUUCGUCAAGAAAUGGAGACGAAAGCAUUCAACCUGAACAGUCAAGCUCUUGCAGGACUUGGGCAGUAAAUGGGGCCAAUGGGGUUAAGGAUGAAAGUUCCCUUGACAUUGAUCGUGCUGCGUGUAAAGGUGAUACUUUCUGCAAUACCUCUCAACAAGGUAAAGUGCAGAGUAAUGCAUCUACAGCCGAAGAAACGUCUGGAGUUAGCAAACAAGACAAUUCCAAUGAAAGAUUAGUCAAUUCUAAUUUAUCACCCCCUGGGUUGGAGCAAAGUAAUGGAAGAACUAAUCAAGAAAACUCAUCAGGGCUUAGUCCUACUCCAUCCAGACCGGGUAAUGGCACUGUUGACGGUGGGCUUGAGUUACCUUCAUCAGAGGGUGGUGAUUCUACAAGACCUGUUAUAUCCUCAAAUGGAGCAAUCGGAGAAGGCACCAAAGGUCUCAGAUAUCUUGAAGAGUCUGCUAGACACUUCAAGAUUGAAAGAGAGGAAGGUGAAAUAUCUCCAAACGGAGAUUUUGAGGAGGAUAAUUUUGCAAAUUACAGAGAAGCUGGUUUGGGGGCUGUCCAAAAACCAAAGGAUGGUGUUGUUGGCAGGCAAUAUCAAGCCAGACAUGCGGAAGAAGAAAUAUGCGGUGGAGAGACAGGGGGAGAAAAUGAUGCUGAUGCUGACGAUGAAGGUGAGGAAAGCGCUCAGAGGUCAUCAGAGGAUAGUGAAAAUGCUUCCGAGAAUGGUGAUGUUUCUGGUAGUGAGUCUGGUGAUGGAGAGGAAUGUUCUCGUGAAGAGCGUGAGGAAGAUGUGGACAAUGAUGAGCAUGAUACCAAGGCAGAGAGUGAAGGUGAAGCUGAAGGGAUGGCUGAUGCCCAUGAUGUUGAAGGAGACGGAAUAUCUUUACCGCUUUCAGAACGUUUUCUCCUGACUGUGAAGCCUCUUGCAAAGCAUGUUCCUCCAGCUUUACAUGACAAGGAGAAGGACUCUAGGGUUUUCUAUGGAAAUGAUUCGUUCUAUGUGCUUUUUAGGCUUCACCAAACACUAUAUGAGAGAAUACAGUCGGCAAAGACUAAUUCAUCAUCUGCUGAGAGGAAGUGGCGGGCUUCAAAUGAUAUGAGCCCUUCGGAUUCUUAUGCUAGAUUCAUGAAUGCACUUUACAAUUUGCUUGACGGUUCUUCUGACAAUACAAAAUUUGAGGAUGAUUGUCGAGCCAUCAUUGGGACACAAUCAUAUGUUCUAUUCACAUUAGACAAGCUGAUCUACAAGCUUGUUAAACAGCUCCAAACAGUCGCCAGUGAUGAGAUGGACAAUAAACUUGUCCAACUUUAUGCAUUUGAAAAAUCAAGAAAGCCAGGAAGAUUUGUAGAUGUGGUUUAUCACGAAAAUGCUCGUGUUCUUCUUCAUGAUGAGAACAUUUAUCGCAUUGAAUGUUCAUCCUUACCAACCCGGGUGUCUAUUCAGCUUAUGGAUUUUGGGCAUGAUAAGCCUGAAAUGACUGCUGUUUCCAUGGACCCUAAUUUUUCCGCUUAUCUGCACAAUGAAUUCCUCUCAGUUCUUCCUGACAAAAAAGAGAAGUCUGGGAUCUUCUUGAAGAGGAACAAAUGUGCGUAUGGUAGUAGUGAUGAAUUGUCUGCUAUCUGUGAGGCCAUGGAAGGACUUAAAGUCACCAAUGGUUUGGAGUGUAAGAUAGCUUGCCAUUCAUCGAAGGUCUCAUACGUUUUAGAUACAGAAGACUUCCUGUUUCGGACAAAAAGGAAAAGGAAAACUUUGCAUCGGGACAGUUCAUGCCAAAAGCUGGCCAGGUCUUCCAAUGGUUCGAGUAGAGUAGAGCGGUUUCACCGGUUGCUUUCUGGCUCAUGAUAUGCCCUAUUUUGACCAUCAAGUAAAUAUGUAGCAUUUUGCACACAUUACAUACCCUGGCGCUGGAAAUUUGAAAAAUUUGAGGCGCUGUGAGCGAAAAAAGCUUUUGUGGCUCACCUUGUAUUCUCGUAGUUCUGUCUCUCCGACCAAAUAAAGCAUUGAGGAGGAUACGGCUCGAAAGUUGUAUACUUUGAGUUGGCACUUUGAGCCGCAUUCAUGUAAAUAUAGGUAAUUUGUGUUGUAAACUCGAGAUACAUUUUCAAUUUAUUCAUCGAUAAUUUUUGUUAAUCUUUUAUAAUUUAUUUUAUUUCUGGCGUAUUAAUUUU